AUGCGGCCGAUGCCUCCAGUGUUAGCCGCCAAGGCGGUUAACAAGCUGAAGCCGAUUCCGCCGAGCCAGCCGUACCACGUGCCUCUCCGCGAGCUCCCGUACGUCCCAGUCGAGGCUCCUGCGCCCGCGCCGGCCGCACCUGAGCCGGUCCAGGUGCGCGUCGAAGCGGCGCCUGCGCCGCAGGAGAUUGAGUUGCAGGAGGCCGUCAGCCUGCCUGUGGUUCGCGAGAAAAAGGUCCGAGAGAAGAAAGCUCGGGCAAAGGAGGAGCUGCAAGACCCCGCAAAGCUGGACGUCGGCGAGGUGAUUCGAAACCAAAAGUCUCUUUCGCGCCGCGAAGUGUACAGACGCCGUCUGUUCCCGGUCAGUUUCGAGUACGCCGCCGGCCAGGUCAGCGAGGGCGACAUCAUUCUCGGCAGGCGUCCAAACAUCGUCGAGGCGCUCGCCUACGUGCUCUUUCUUGUCGCGUUCAUUCUGUUUGUCGCCGCAAACGCAGAAGUCCCUCUCGUUCACUCGACCAACUCGUCGCUGCAGGAGAUCCUCGCUGCGACGCAGGUACCCUCCGGGUCCGCAUUCAAUACCUGGAGCAGCUUGGCAGCAGAGACGGACGCCGCGGUGGCUGAACUCACGGUGAAGGGGUCGGAGGCGCUCUUCCUGUCACUCCAGUCCUUGCGAACGAAGGCAGACGUCGCGUCGUGGCUGCGGCACGGCCUCUUUGGGCUGCCGUCAUUCCCAAACAUCGGGAAAAAUGUGAUUUGCGGGCCCUGUGUGCGCUUGACGGUGCGCCGACUUAACUUCACGGAGACGACCAGUGCUAUCGGGUACACUGAAGUAUGGCCAGUCGACUCCGUCUCCGCGACCGGAUCUCUCUCGACGUCCUCGAUGCAACUGACAGGCAUUUCCGAACGUCUCGGAGGGACUACCGCGGACGCCGGCGCGCGGCUGCAGUGGACGUACACCGCGUACCCCGUCCAGUCGACCAAAACGUUUCAAGGACAGGGCGGCUACGCGGAGACCAUUUGUGGAGCGAAUGCAGACGCCAUGCUGCAGAAACUCUCGCAGAACCAGCCGCUGUCCAGAUACCCUCCCUGGUUCCUUCCAAACGGACUCAUUGGGUCGCGACACACAGUCACGGUCGUCGCCGACUUCUUGUCUGUGAACCCCGAAAGCUUCUCCACUUCCUACACGUACAUCCCCUUUCAGUUCACCAGUGCAGGUACCCUGCUUCCGGUUCGUGUGUGGUCUCAAACGGCGCUUUCGUCGGCGGGGCGGAGCUCUGCAGGGCUGCGCUACGGCUGCUUGGCCGCCUCGGUGGUAUUUCUCUUGGCGUAUUUGUGGUUUUUAUAUCUGAAAGUGCGCGAGGUUCACGGCUUCCGACCCUUCAUUUACGACUUUUGGAACUGCUUCGCCGUCGCGCACCUCGCCCUUGUCUUGCUCACCUUUCUUUUUUUUCUGCUGGCCUCUCUCGUCUCGAGUGUCCCCGGCGCCUCCAGUCAGGUCGGACAAGACGGCGUCGCGAUAGCCCAGUCCGAGUGGCUGACGGCGGAUCUCUCCGAGACACUCAAUGAGAAAGCGUCCGCUGUAGCGACAGUCGCCACCAUGAGUCAGCUCUUUUGGACAGUGGCUGCGAUCGCCGUCUUUUGUGGAUGCAUUCUGAUGAUCCGGUACCUCCAAGUCUGGGGCGGCGCGGCAGCCAAAACGAUGGACUGGACUUUGAAGCGUCUGCUACUUCCGCUCUUGAUGUGCAUGUGCUUUAUGCUCGUUGUUCUCCUUGUCUUCGUCGCAAUUGGAAACAUUGCCUUCGGAGUCGACAACAGAGCGUUUGCAGGUUUUUACGAGAGCUUGACGUCAUCGGCGGCGUUCCUUCUCGGAGGCACAGUGGGCAACUUCGACGUGUACGACAUAGUGGCGAACCACAGAUUCUUUGCGGGUCUCUACUUUGGUCCUCUCUUCAUUUUGUUUUCUUUCCUCUGCUUCAACAUUCUCGUCGCUCUCGUCCUCAAGACGUACGACUCCUGCGCUGAAGAGGUUGAAACGUCCGUGAAGAAGCAGACGAAGAAGGAGAGUGAGUUCCAACCCACGCGCCUGGAUCGCUGGGUGCAUGCGCUCUCGGGUUUCCGAAAGCAGCUCCAGAGCAGUAUCGCUUCGAUGAAGUCGAAAGAGAAGAUCGUGGACCUCGCGUCCGAGUGUUCCGACGAGGAGAAAGUCACCGACAGCGGCGACGAGCCGCCUCAGUACCCCGCGUGGAUGUGGCAGUCCAUGGGGCUGCCGAAUCCCUACACCAAGGAGGGGUGGAUCGAUCCGCAUGCGUGGAGCGAAUACCAACAAAUGUACGGCGCCUGGGGCGACUGUUCCUUUCAGCAGGCCGGCGCGGCGAUGCAAGGCGCGGGGUGGAUGAACGCCGAUGAAUAUUACUACAUGCAAAGCGCUGCAGCCAAGAAUGCGCAGAUGCCGGAACUCGACAAGAUUCACCGCGUGGUGCACUACCAGCAGACUGUUGACCGCGAGACGUCGUGGCACAAACUCGCCUGCGUCGCCUUCCUCGCAGUUCUCGUCGUGGUGGUUAGCUCGCAGCUGAUGGUCUCCUCUGCACUCGAUCUCCGCAAGUCUGUCGACGCGGCCCUUGGAAGAACCACCUGGAUCCCGCUCCCCCAAUCGUACAUCUUCGACGAUCAAAGCCUCGGUGGGGCGUCGCGACCAUUUCUGGUGAACUCGUGGGCAACGUUGCCACUGCCCUAUUCGGUGCGUUUGCGGGUGAAUCUGUCGACGGCGUCGAACUACCCGCUCGAGCUACAGUUUGUCGCCGCAGACGCUGUCUCCUUUGACCUCUUCCUUGACUCGUCGUGGUCCGACGCGACGCUUCUCUCCGUCCUCAAGGGGCUGCAGACGAACCGGCUGAUUCGCAGUGUCUGCGCCUCCCUCGAAAUCGCCUUCGUCUUUUACAGCAACUUUGACUCGCGAAACCAACUGUCCCUGACCACCCUCCGCUUUGAAAUCGCUUCAGGCGGAACCGUCAAAACGACUCUCGACGUGCCCAGCAUGGUGCUGCGCCCUUACGACGCGCAGCACGGCGGCCUGCCGAUCAUUCUCCAGUCCUUCGUGGCUUUGAUGGUCUUUCUCUGCGUCUGCGCUGGACUGUAUUCGCUCUUUAAGUUUUUCCGGGACAACCCUUUCCAGCACAUGGGGGUCCGGUCUCUCUGCUACCGGUUUUUCCUCUUCUUCUUCGACAACCUCUUCAAUCUCUUGGACCUCGUUCUCCUCGUCCUCUUCAUCGUCGCGAUCCUCUGCUGGACCUCCUUCGCCUUCCACGGCGUCCAACACAUCUACUUCUCCACCUCCGGAACAGGCUUCGCUACUUCUGCCUCUGCUUCGUCUGACGCGUCUCCUGCGGAUUCGUCUGUUGCUGCGCGGGCGCUGUCGGCCGCCUCGGGCGUGUCUCAGCAGGAGUUGUACACGGAGUUGAACGCCUUUUAUUCGUCCUUGAGCGCGGCGCACAGUCUGCUCGAGGUGUAUGCGCAGCUGUGUGGCGGGCUGGUGAUUUUAGCUUUUCUGCGGACGCUGCGUCUGUUUGAGAAGCGGAAGCGCAUGGUCGUGUUGUUCUUCACCGUGACUGAGGCGUCGCAGCAUCUCCUCUUUAUGUUUUUCACCCUCGUCGCCGUUUACGUCGGCGUUGUGUUCACCUGCUACCUGUCGUUCGGAACCGUGGUUGCGGGCUUUGCGUCUGUUCGCGCCUCCUUCGUCUCGGGACUUCUCCUCCUCGUCGGAUGCAUGCCGCUCUCGGAUCUCUUCGCCGCGAACAAGGCCGUCGCGGGCCUCUUCCUCUUCCCCUCGCUCUUCCUCGUGAACCUCGUCUUCCUCGCCCUCUUCCUCUCCGUCCUCCUCCGCUCUUUCGCCUUCCGGCUCGGCGAGGUCGAGAGCGCUGAGGCACUCCUCGGCGCUCCCCCCCGCACGCUGGGGCAGAGCGUGAAGGUAUUCUUCAAGGAGUUGGUGUGCAAGUUCGAGCGACCGCCGCCUCCGUCCGCUCCCCCGCCUCCUCCCGCGCCUUCUCCUCCCGCGCCUGCGGCGGCUUUCCCCGGCCUGCGAGGCGACGACGAGGAGUCUCUGGAUGAGUUCGCAGCGAUCCGCGAGUUCGACGAACAGGCGCGCGCGAUGCGGCGCCGACCGCUGAAGGUCGCCGACGUUCCGAAGGAGACCAUGACGACGCAGCUGACAGACGCGCAGUGGGCGCGGCUCGCGCCGAAGGUGCGAGAUUGGGCCGUAGUCGAGGCCGGGGAGUUCGCGGACCUCUUUCGGCGCCUGUGUGUCCAGUCGGAGCUGGCGGGUGCGCAGAAGAUCGCCUUCGUGCAGCAAACCGAGAAGAAGUACUUUGAACAGAUCUCCGCUCUCGCCAAGGAAGUCCAGCAACAGGAGGCGCACCUGAGCCACCGCCUCGCUGUGUACAAAAACAAUCUUUUCAUCGAGCAACAAAAACUCGCAACGUACACCACGUACUUGGAACAGGCUCUCGAAGAGCGAAAAAGCGAAGCCGAGAUGCUCCGGCGCGAGUUCGAGCUCGUCAAGGCGCAGACGGAAGACCCCGCCGAGCCCCACGGACGCGCCCGAAAAAACCGGUGA